CUUCCUUCUUCCCCUCGAACAAAGAAAACGGAAAGAAAAAAAAAUCCCAUCCCUGUUGCCAGCUAAUUAGGCGCAAAAAAUCCAAUCCAAUUGUGGAUUAAGGCGGCAAAUCGAAGCAGGGAAGGGAUUAAAGAAUCCUCCCCGGCCGGCGAUUAAUCAAAAUUACCCAAAAGCAAGCAGCUAACGUCGGCAGAUUCCCAUUCUCGCUUUUCGUAGGUCAUAACAUAAAAAGCUUACGAAACGCUUAUUUUUCUGCCCAACGCGCCAAAAAGUAUUUCUCUCCUCCUCCACCGCCGCCGCCCGUUCCUUCUUCCGCCUCGCUGCUUCUAGCUCUCCCGUCUUGCCCUCGCCGGCGCUCGUUUCUAUGGCCGGGAGCUGCUGAGUGAGGCGAGAAAGGGGGGAAGGGGAGAGGAGAAACCGAAGCGGUUGGGAGGGAGAGUUUCUUCAGCUUCUCUCUCCGGUAAUGGAGGAGCAGCCGCUAAAACGGGCCUUGUUGGACGCUAGUGCGGGGGCGAUCGCCGGCGGGAUAUCUCGUACGGUUACUUCGCCUCUUGAUGUCAUCAAAAUCAGAUUCCAGGUUCAACUUGAGCCAACGACAUCAUGGGCCUUGCUCAAUAGAAAUCUUGCUGCUCCAUCCAAGUAUACAGGAAUGCUGCAAGCAAGCAAGGAUAUAUUCAGAGAAGAAGGCUUAGCGGGUUUUUGGCGUGGUAAUGUUCCAGCUCUGCUCAUGGUUAUGCCGUACACUGCCAUACAAUUUGCUGUGCUACACAAGAUAAAAUCAUUUGCAGCUGGUUCUUCCAAGACAGCCGAUCACAUUCAUUUGAGCCCAUAUUUGUCCUAUGUAAGUGGCGCUUUGGCAGGAUGCGCAGCUACUGUGGGAUCAUAUCCAUUUGAUCUUCUUCGCACCAUAUUAGCUUCUCAGGGAGAGCCCAAGGUGUAUCCAACGAUGAGAUCUGCAUUUGUCGACAUUGUCAAAGCUCGUGGUUUUAAAGGCUUAUAUGCAGGAUUAUCCCCAACACUGGUCGAGAUUGUCCCUUAUGCAGGUCUCCAGUUUGGUACAUAUGAUACAUUCAAGCGCUGGGCCAUGGUAUGUCUUUUACUUGUUCUGCUGCUGACUUGGAAUCAUUCUAGAGCCGGCAGCAUGACAACUACAGACAAUGAUAACCUCUCUAGCUUCCAACUUUUUAUUUGCGGCAUUGCUGCUGGGACGUGCGCUAAACUUGUCUGCCAUCCUCUUGAUGUUGUCAAGAAAAGAUUCCAGAUCGAAGGACUUCAGAGGCACCCGAAAUAUGGUGCCAGAGUCGAGCACAGUUCGUACAAAAACAUGUUUGAUGCCCUGCGCCAGAUCGUGCUGGCAGAAGGCUGGGCUGGUCUGUACAAGGGGAUCGUCCCCUCGACCGUCAAGGCUGCUCCUGCCGGUGCUGUAACAUUUGUGGCUUAUGAAAUGACGUCGGACUGGCUAGAAUCUAUUUGGACUUGAAUCCAGGAUUGAUUUUCUUUUUGUUAUUCUGUUUCUUGACGCAGAAUUUAGGCACUGUACCAUUCAUUUUUGUUUCCUAUUAACGCAAGAAAAGGCAUACCCCAGCCUCACCCCAAGAAGGGCUUUUACAUAGUAUUCUUUCUUUUCAGUCAAUAUUAUAGGGAUUUUGAUUUGAGGACAAGUUGAGCACAUCGUGUAUUUUUCUCUUUGUCAAUUAAAUGUCUCAUUUUUUUUUUCUGUUAAGGGUUUUACCAAUGUUUGUGUAAUCAGUGAGAUCUGACAGUGCAAGGGACAAUUGUAAAAUCGCUUAUGCAAACUGUAAUAAAAUUAUAUCGACUUGAUCAUUGAUUCGUUCUUUCAAUAUUCCCCUG